AGGACUGCAACACGACAUUAUUGUAACGACAUUCUUCUGUGCUCUUGUUCACGUGAUGGAAAAAAAAAUACGUUAUCACCUUUCGAUAAUCAGCAAAGGUAUAGUAAACGGUGACGGUAUUCCGCCAGACUCGCGUUGCCUACGUUCUAGUAGCGGAAAUGGUGGCCUGCAUUUCAGAACGGACGUCACUAUUUCGGAAUGGUUAGAGGCGCGUAGGCUGCCAAGACAGUGAUACCGGUACCAUGAGUACCAUUGUCAAGCAGACUAUCUAUACCCAGCACCUGAACCUUUUCAUCCUCUUUGCUGAUUCUCUUGGUAAAGCAUCUCGUCAGCUUCGCCAUUCACGUUCUCACUUUGCCCUUCCUAUCCUUCUUUAAGCAGGUUGAUCUGUUUUGCUCACUUGUACGGCAAAUGUUCCUUCUAAUAUCGUACAGUCCGCAUUAUGAGAUGUGACUUACAAUGGAUCAAAACAGGUUUGUUUGUAUUAUAACUAAGGUGGAAAAAAAUGAUACCUUUUCGAAUUUUUGGAGAACCGAGACCUGUUCCUUAAAUAGUGGAGGGUGGGCACGUUGUUUAACUAACAACAAUUCCGUUAUUUGGCAAAUACACAAAAAACCGAUAGCUGGGUAAAAAAGAAACUGUAUUCCAUCUGUUUUCUUUGUAAACGCCGUGCAGCGAUAUUUUCAAAGAAUUUGAAAUGACAAUUACCUUUGUGACCUGGCCAUCACUUGUCCUCAACAAUAGGCAGAGUAAACAGAAACACGGGUGCAACGCGCUUCGCUGGUUGCGUGGGGAGAUCGCUAAGUUUGGCAAAAUACCCCCUAUGCUCUUCCCCACAAGUAUUGAUUCAUGCGCAGGCGUGAAACCAUAGCUGAUUUUCCUGGUUGAGGUCCGACACGAGAAAAGAAGAAUAAAGUCACCAAUCAGCUUCUUCUCGCUGAAGGAUUGGCUUGUACGUGAAUCGAUCGGACAUCCGGAUUGGUUGUGCUUUACACGACUUUCGUUACAAUGUUCCACCUUCUUUGUUUCUCCAUUCUUUUCCUACACGCAACUUAUGUGCAUUAGCUCUGUGCCAAACGAUUUCUCUUCGACAAGCACAUCAUCGAGCACUUUUAUCACAGAUGUUAUUGACGCUAGCAACCUCGUCACGGCGGUUGCCUAAAAGACAUCCGGGUGCACCAUUUUCAAAAACGUUUUCCUAACGAUGGAAUCCCGCGAAUCAGUUAAUCACACAUCAAAGCCGAAGACAUCAUUUUUGAUAGAGGAUAUUCUUUUUCAACGCCCUAAGCAGUCAUUUGGAGAAGUACCUGUAAGUAGAGAUACCACAUUCCACAGGCACCCGUCGUCUAAUAGUGCGUCUGAAAUUAGUAACCGGUGUUACGAGAUGCUGUUGUCCAAUGGAGGAAACAGUGGGUUACAGCAGCAGCAGGCCAAUAUUUCCAAUAACGCUUCAGAUUACACCUUCUUUCCAAAUGCUUUGGCAGCCGCUUUCCUCUGCCCCGCUCCUCCGACCACCUUUAACCUCAACAAUCAACGCUGUAACAAGGUGGAUGCGCAACAUCCCGCUCCUCUGUUCUUUCAAGCCACAGGGUUGCCUUUAACGGCUCUACUGGCUGCCGAUGCGGGAGCUAAACACGGACGCAGGCGGAAAGCUCGCACGGUGUUUUCCGAUCACCAGCUACAUGGACUGGAGCGGCGUUUUGAAAAACAACGCUAUUUGUCGACUCCUGAACGUGUUGAAUUGGCUCACGCAUUGCACCUCAGCGAAACACAAGUUAAAACAUGGUUCCAGAAUCGAAGAAUGAAGCACAAAAAACAGUUACGUAGACACGAGGACAAAAAACAUGGGUGCAAUACCACAUCGUCAAGUGGCCAACUAGAUCAUUCUGUGCAAGAUGGUCCGGCCGAUCUAUCCUUUCGCGGUGCGUUACAGUCCAACGACAUAUCGUCCGAGUCCGAAUGCUCCGACAGCCUACUCGAAGAUGAUGUUGACGUUAUGAGUGAUGAUACAUAAUUUUUUUGAUUUUAUGGUUUAAGUGUAACUUUAAACUUUGUUCUCCUACUUUCAUCUUGAAAUGUUAUGUAAAAUUGAAAUCAUACUCAUCAG